AUGCCUCGAGUCAGGAACCCAAUUCUUCCAGGAUUCAACCCGGACCCUUCUAUCGUCCGGGUUGGAGAUGACUAUUACAUUGCCACGUCCACCUUUGAGUGGUUUCCUGGUGUCCAGAUCCACCACUCUAGAGACCUUGCCAACUGGACACUGGUUGUGCGUCCGCUGACGCGCAAGAACCAACUCGACAUGCGUGGCGAGCCUGACAGCUGCGGUGUUUGGGCACCUUGUUUGAGCCACGACGGCGAGAAGUUUUGGCUAGUUUACACUGAUGUCAAGCGCAAGGAUGGUUCUUUCAAGGAUGCGCAUAAUUAUAUCGUCACUGCAACAUCUAUUGAAGGGCCAUGGUCGGAUCCCGUUUAUGCUAACUCGUCUGGCUUUGACCCCUCGCUCUUCCAUGAUGACGACGGAAAGAAGUGGUUCAACAACAUGACCUGGGAUCACCGCUCUCGCCCAAGAACGUUUGAAGGCAUCUUCCUCCAAGAAUUUGACCCGAAGGCCAACAAACUAGUUGGUCCUAGGAAGAACAUCUUUGAAGGAACGGAUUUGGCCUUUGUUGAGGGAUCUCACAUUUACAAACGCAAUGGAUGGUAUUAUCUUUCGACUGCAGAGGGUGGCACGGGGUACACUCACGCCAUAACCCUUGCUCGAUCUCGCAACGUCUGGGGUCCUUACGAGGUACAUCCCCAAAAGUAUAUCCUUACUUCAAAGGAUACGCCCCACGCAGCUCUCCAAAGAGCUGGUCAUGGUCAGAUCGUCGAGACGCCAGAUGGCAAGACCUACGUCGUGCAUCUCACAGGCCGCCCAACUACACAGAAACGACGCUCAGUGUUGGGCCGAGAGACUGCUAUCCAGGAAGCUUACUGGGGCGACGAUGAAUGGUUGUACAUCAAGAAUGGCCCCGUCCCAAGCUUAUACGUUGACCUCCCCGCCGAGCGUGACGACACGGUAUACUGGGAAGAGAAGCGAUACACCUUCAAGGAUACUCUCCAUAGCGACUUCCAAUGGCUUCGAACCCCCGAGCCUGAGCGUAUUUUCAACAUCAAAGAUGGUCAGCUCACUCUCAUCGGUCGCGAGUCUAUCGGAUCCUGGUUUGAACAAGCUCUAGUCGCUCGUCGCCAAACGCAUUUUUCAUAUGACGCCGAAACAGUCAUUGAUUUCUCCCCCGAAGACGAACGCCAAUUUGCUGGUCUGACAGCGUACUACUGCCGUUUCAACUUUUUCUAUCUCACCGUGACAGCUCACGCUGACGGCCAACGCGAACUCCUCAUCCUCAGUUCUGAAGAAACCUUUCCCCUAGGUCGUCUCAACAAACCUUUGGCGGAGUCUGUCAAGAUUCCCAAUGAGGGAAAGGUGAAGCUUGCUUUGACGAUUCGGGGAAACAAGUUGCAGUUCUUCUACGCCCUUGAAGGGAAGGAGCUGACCAAGAUUGGACCCGUGUAUGAUGCUUCGCUUUUGUCGGAUGAGUGUGGUGGACAUCCUAAUGACGGAAGUUUCACUGGUGCUUUUGUGGGAAUGGCGGCUUCGGAUGUUAAUGGACUUGCGAUGGAGGCCAAGUUUGAUUAUUUCGUUUAUCGACCUGUUCAUGAUGAUUCAGACAGGUAUGAUAUAUAA